CAGCUUGCAGAAGCUUAUCCAUCACAGUUCUCUGUACUCUCCCAACAACAACAGAAAAUGAACACAUCUCAGAUUGAGCAGAAAUGUCCUGUUGCAGGCAUCAGUGUCAUUCAAGGACGUGACUGUGGAGUUCACCCAGGAGGAGUGGCGGCAGAUGGGUCCUAUUCAGAGGACCCUGUAUAGAGAUGUGAUGCUGGAGAACUACAACAACCUAGUCUCAGUGGGGAACUGCAUUUUCAAACCAGCAGUAAUCUUCAAGUUGGAGCAAGGAGAGGAGCCUUGGUUCUUAGAGGAAGAAAUCUCAAACCAGAGCCACCGAGAAGAUUACAGAGAUGAUGACCUGAUGAAGAGGAACAAGAAAAUCCAAGAUAAACACUUGCAGGAAAUAAUAUUCAUCGAUAAUAAACCAUUGACUGGAGAGGAAGAAGAAGUUUUGGGAAAACAGUUUAAUCUGCACAUAGCUCCUGUUUCAACAAAAAUAUCCUGUAAAUAUGACUCAUGGGGAGUAAAUUUGCAAAAUAUUUCCCAACUUAUUAAUAAUAGACUCUAUCCAACAAAAAAACCAAAUUGCUAUAGUGUAUGUGAAAAUUUGUCUUUCAAAAUUAAGUUUGAGAGAACUCAUACUGGAGAGGAGUUUCAUGAAUAUAAUAAAAAUGGGAAUGCUCUCAGUUAUAAGGAAAAUCUUCCUAAGAAUCAAAAAUGUCAAACUUUGGAGCAAGCUUUUAAAUAUGAUGAAAUUGGAAAAGCCUUCUAUGGUGAGCCUGCUUGUGUUACAUGUAAGAGUCUUCACACAAGAGAAAAAUCCUAUAAAGAUGAUGAAUUUAGGGGAAAAAGUGAAAAAACAACUAUCUUUGACUAUAAAAGAACUGGGGUAGGGGAGAAACACUCUCCUUUUAACCAAUGUGGGAAAUCCUUCUGCAGGAAAUCAGCUGUCAAGGAAUACAAUAAGUUUAACAUGCCUUUGAAACAGAAUGAAUGUAAUGCAAGUGGAAAUAAUUUCAACAGGAAGUCACACCUCACUCAGCUUCAGAGAAUUGUCACGGAAGAGAACCCAGUGGUAUGUAAUGAUAGAACACAAACUGGAGAUAAGUCCUUCGAAUAUCAUGAAAACAGGAAAUCCUACCAGAUGUCAGCCCACAAAGUACGCCAGAAAACUCACUCUGAGAUAAAACCCUAUAAAUGUAAUGAAUGUGGUAAAUCCUUCUUUCAAAAAGGACAUCUCAUUCAGCAUCAGAGAACUCACACCGGAGAGAAACCAUUUGAAUGUAAUGAAUGUGGAAAAACAUUCUCCCAGAAGUCACACCUCAGUACACAUUGGAGAAUUCACACAGCAGAGAAACCCUAUAAGUGUAAUGAAUGUGGGAAAACAUUUGUCCAGAAGUCAACCCUCAGGGGACAUCAGAGAAUUCAUACAGGAGAGAAACCCUAUAAAUGUAGUGAAUGUGGGAAAACUUUUGUUCAAAAGUCAACCCUCAGAGAUCAUCAUAGAAUUCACACAGGGGAGAAAUCCUUUCAGUGUAAUGAAUGUGGGAAAACUUUUGGUCAGAAGUCAAACCUCAGGAUACAUCAGAGAACUCACAGUGGUGAGAAAACAUAUCAAUGUAAUGAAUGUGAAAAAUCCUUCUGGCGAAAAGACCAUCUCAUUCAACAUCAGAAAACACACACAGGAGAGAAACCAUUUAAAUGUAGUGAGUGUGGGAAAACUUUUGCCCGGACAUCAACCCUUAGAGUGCAUCAGAGGAUUCAUACUGGGGAGAAACCAUUUAAAUGUAAUGAAUGUGGGAAGAAAUUUGUCCGGAAGGCAAUCCUUAGUGAUCAUCUGAGAAUUCAUACAGGGGAGAAACCUUUUCAGUGUAACAAAUGUGGGAAAACUUUUGGCCAGAAAUCAAACCUCAGAAUACAUCAGAGAAUUCACAGUGGGGAGAAAUCUUAUGAAUGUAAUGAAUUUGGGAAAUUGUAUAAGAAGUCAACUCUAAAUGUUUGCCAGAGAAUUCAGGGAGGGGGAAAACCCUAUUGAUAUUAUAACUAUGGAAAAUCCUUAUGGCUGAAAAACCAAGCCAUUUGACUGCAGUAAACCCACACAGGAGAAAACCAUAUAAAUAUGAAUGUAGGAAGAAUUUUAUCCAAAAAGCAACCCUGAAAGUAUAUCAGAGAAUACACAUGAG